UAUAUAAAGCUUUCAUAGCAUUUGGCCAAUAACAACAAAGUAGAGAGAAAGAGAAGCAGAACAACCAGCAGCCAUGAGCGUCUCUUUGCUUCCCACCGCUGCAAGAAGGCUAGAAGGCAAAGUGGCCGUAAUCUUGGGCGCAGCCAGAGGAAUUGGGGAGUCCACUGCAAGAACCUUCUUUAAGCAUGGAGCAAAACUCGUGAUUGCAGACAUCCAAGACGAUGUCGGUCACUCUCUUUCCAACCAUCUCUGUUCUUCGUCAUCUUCAUUCGUCCACUGCGACGUAACGAAAGAGAAAGACGUCGAAAAUGCGGUUAACACAGCCAUUUCCAAGUACGGAAAGUUGGACAUCAUGUUGAACAACGCAGGCAUUCUUGGAAAUCCCAUAUUCAACAUUCUUGAAAACGACUCAUCUGACUUUCAAAAGGUACUCAACGUCAACUUACUUGGGACGUUUUUGGGCACCAAGCAUGCAGCAAGGGCAAUGAUUCCAGCUCGUCAAGGUAGCAUAAUCAUGACGGCAAGUGUUUGCUCGGCAAUUGGUGGGAUUGGGCCAUAUGGGUACACGAGCUCAAAGCAUGGCGUGUUGGGAUUGAUGAAGAAUGCAACGGUUGAUUUAGGACGAUAUGGGAUAAGGGUUAAUUGUGUGUCGCCCCAUGUGGUGCCCUCGGACAUGACUAAAGAGUUGUUUAAGCUUGAAGAUGGCGAUGAGUUUCCUAAUGUUUAUUCGCAUUUCAAAUGUGGAGAUAUCUUAAGAGCAGAAGAUAUAGCUGAAACCGCUUUGUAUUUAGCAAGUGAUGCAUCAAGGUUCGUAAGUGGACAUAACUUAAUUGUUGAUGGAGGCUUCACGGCAGCAAACCAAGGUUUUUGCUCCUAUCAACAAUCUGAUAACUAAAAAAGGUUGAAUCGAAGAACUACUUGUUUCAGACUUUUGGUUAUUUGCUAAAGUUUCAUCAUGAAUUUUCUUCCCAAGUUUUAAUUUUGUGCUUUGUGUUUCAGUUAAA